GCGGAGGGGCAGAUGUGUCCUCCCAAAAGGCGCCGGGGAGGAAGUCGCCACUUGGCCAACAUCACAAGUUUGACUUCAUAUCACUUGUCGCAUUGCGUUAAAUUGACAUACCGAAUUAUAACUCCUCUUUACAUACUUUUAUUUAUUUAUUUAUUAUUCAUCUGAGUACAUUGAGACCCAGUCCCAGACAUCCCACCCGCCAAAUGCCUACUCCGAUUGACAAUGCGCUGCGCUCAAAGAACGCAUUUCUUGGGUUCGCUGGCAUCGUAACAGCAGCCGCUGUGUAUGCUAUUUGGGGUGGAGACAUGUUUCCCACUGCAUCAGACCCGACAGGCAAUCCUGAAAGCUGGACUAGAGAAGAAAUGAGACGGUGGCUUGCCGCUGUAAGUAUUUCUCAACUGGCGACGAAGGUAGGAUGAAAUGCUGAUGGCAAGCCUAGCGGAACCUGCAUCCCCAAGACGGGGACACAAGGGAACAGUUGCUGGAGAGAGUCAAGGCGAACAUGCGAUAGCCGCAAAGGGGUUGAGGCACCAUAAGAAGCAUAAAAGGAUAGAUACCUUGUGGUAGAUGCUGGACGUUGUUAAACCAAGAUACCUAAGUAGAGAAAACCCAUGAGUUUUCAAAGCAGUGUUUCUUGUGUUGUGUAACGUCUUGUUCAAAGUCCGGUCCUACUGUCUCAUCUUCUGCCCAAGAGGUACUAAUUCGAUUUACCUAUACUUGUUGA